ACAGCAGGCUAAUACGUCAUAGUCAGUAAACGUUCUAAGAGGCGCAUCUGCGGAGUUCAGUUCAGAACGUCUUCAGCUGAGAGAGAUAAGAUUGUUCAGGAAUAAUGUUGAGAAUACUGACCUUGCUAUUUGCUGUGGCCCUGGUGGUUUCCUGUGGCCUGAAGCUCACUAAGAAGGGAAUCUCCAGCAUCGAAGACGUCUUAGAGCAUCGCAAUAUUUGGGACACUAGCGUCCCUCAGUGUACGGACAUUCAGCUGGUGUUUGACAUCAACGCCACAGUUCAGGAGAGCAAGGGGCUGAACAAGCGCUACUUGGACUGCCCUUAUCCUGAGACGGGCGUUCCAUGUUUCUACUACAAAGAUCCUGUCAAUCCGAUAUUUAGUGUAAGGAAUGGAUCCAGAGAAUUGGAAAGAUUCAAUGGCAGCCACACAUUUAAGAUUGUUGGAGGAGGACCUUCUAGAAACAACAUCCGGUACUACAAUGAGAGAGAAAUGCUGGAAAUCAACAGCUUCAGUUACAGUGCUAGCACACCGGAGAGUACUGUGUGGACGGUGCAGAAUCAGCAGCAAUCUAUGGAUUUGACCGAAGAGGGCUUCGUCAUUAUGAGAGGCAGCGAAAACUGGGUUGGAUUUGUGUGUCAGAAGAAUUCUCCCUGUGGGGAUCUAAAACCUCAGGGUCUGCUGAGUCCAGACUUCUUCUUCAUCGCUGAGGUCUCCAACAAGGGAGUUGACAGCAGCACAGACUGUGUGCUUUCCAUCCGUUUUGAGCUCCAUAUCCACGGAUUUCCUCUUCUACCAGGAAGAGCUCUGUUCUGCUUGGGGAUGACGAUGAUAACCCUUUUUAUCAUCCUCUGUUCCUACGUCCUUUACAACAUCUGUGGGCCAAAACAAGACCGUGAACAGAACAGCCUUUCAGAUGACGAGGAGUUGGUUGAGGCUAAUGUGUGGACACGGCUCGAGGAGAUCUACCAUGUGAUCUACAGCUUCACCCAGAGACGCCUAUUCAGGAAUUUCAUCUUGUCUGUGGUGUUUUUUGAUACCGCGCUGAUGAUCGCCCAGGCCUUUCCCGACGUCAUUGCGAGAGGAGGUUGGGUGUUCUCAGCGAUUGAGUCGUGUUUCCUGGGUAUCUAUCUAAUGGAGAUGUUGCUGAAGCUCUUGGCGUUGGGACACAAUUACUUCCGAGACCCCUGGAAUAUCAUUGAUUUCCUCAUAACAGUCUUGAGAGUGGUGGAUUUUUUGCUGCCGUUUAUGCUGUCCACCAGUAUCCACCCUCCUGUGAAAAAAGCAGCGCGAGCCAUCAGAGCUUUCCGUUUGCUUAAAGCCAUUCGCUCCAUAGGGAGGAUCCAGGUUCUCCUCACAACAUUGGUUCAGUCCUUGCCAUCAAUAGCCUCUACCUCCUUCCUCAUGGCCAUGGUCCUGAUCAUGUUUACAGUGUUUCUCCGGGUGCUGUACGCAGACACAGUCCCUGUGAGUUUCGGGACUUUUGCACGAACAAUUUCCACCUUGUUUCAAGUGCUGACACUGGAUGACUGGGCCAUGGUCUAUGAGAACAGCUAUUCUAAAGGAGCUCCUCACGUCAUGAUAUUCCUGGUGGUGUUCAUCGUCAUAGAGAAUUUAAUUCUUCUCAAUUUCAUCCUGGCUGUGUUGGUGGACAACAUUGGAAUUACAAUCGAAAAUGCAAAUCGGAGGGCGAAAGCUAUGCAAGACGAGGAGAAGGAGCGAAUCAGGAAGAUUGAGGAUGAGCUAAGCGAGACCAGGCCAGAGGAAGAGUCCCACCAGGAGGCUCUUCUAAAAAGAUUCAGUGAAGAGAAACACGGCGAGCGAAAGGCAGAGCUGAUGGCAGAGUAUCUUGGAGUACUGGCCAGUAUGGAGAAGAGCCAGUUCUCCUUUCACUCUGAAGCCUUUCUGCUAAACAGACUUGUGGAAAUCAGCCAUAAGAAGUGCACAAAGGAAUAAUAUUUCACUGCAACGGCCCAGCAGUUAGAAGAUAAAAUGCAGCAACAGUGACAUGGAAGAGAGGACGAACAGUUUCCUCAGAAGUGCGACACCCAGCUGCUGAGGACAACACAGAACUCCAUGAUCCACUGUUCUGGCUGUUGUUUUAGCUCAGUUCUGUCCAUUUAUCGCCGCCCUACCUGCUGCUGCCUACAUCACAAUAGUGUGGAAAAAUAGCGUAGUUCUCUGUGAAUAUUUACAUUUCCAAGUCCAAAGUAAUUUCUAGAAUCCGGGUCGACCAGAGGAGGACUGGUUCCCCUACUGAGCCUGGUUCCUCUCAAGGUUUCUUCCUCAUUAUCGGGGAGUUUUUCCUUGCCACUGUCGCCUUUGUGCUUACUCUUUAGGGGUCUAGACCCGGAUUACUAAUAUUCUUUAGCAAAAGAAUUGUCUACCGUAUUUUUGUACUAUAAGGUGCACUUGAAAUCCUUUAAUUUUCCCAAAAAUUGUCAGUGCGCCUUUUAAUUCAGUGCCCCUUAGGUAUAAAUUUUACCAGUCAGGUUGUAAGGAGCAGUCAUUGAUGGAUUACACUGAUGUGCAGCAUUAUACAGGUGUAUAGUUUCCAACAUCUAGAGAAACAAUACUCUUUUCUGGCAGCAUCAUGUGAUUUAUAAUAAACAUUUACCCUUUAAUCUGAAA